AUGCACACGGACGGCGGCGCCAUGAAAGACCAGGACGCCAUCAAGCUCUUCAUUGGACAGAUUCCGCGGAACCUCGAGGAAAAAGACCUGAAACCUCUCUUUGAACAGUUUGGGAAAAUCCACGAACUGUCUGUUCUGAAGGACCGAUACACAGGCAUGCAUAAAGGUAGCGUUUUAUGUCGGGUCUGCACCUCCUCUUAAGCUACAGUUGGUCGUUAAAUUGUAAUUACUGUAAUUAUCAUCUGUAUGAAACGCAAUAGUCAUUCCAUGUUUGUACCUUUUUGUGAUAGAUAGUGUCUCCUCAUCUAUUCUCUCUUGUGAUGUCUGUUAAGCAAUAGUGUGUUAGCCUAUGCACCUUGUAGGCUCCUACUGAAAACCCCAUGUGACUUGCAGAAUAAGGUGGGAUAUAGGCUAAACAUCAGGUAAAUGAUUUAGCAAAUUAGGGCUACUGUAGCUUCCCAACACUUUUUUGCUUGCCCUAAUUAUUACAUACCUAUGUUAACAGUUUUGCGCCAGCUGCGCUCAUAGCCUACGGUUUAUCCUCUCGCCAUCGCAGUGUGUCGUGAUGCAAACAAAAAUGUAGAAUAUUUUGUAUGUAUAUAUAUAUAUGUAUUUUUUAACAACGUUCAUGUCUUUGCAUCACAUUGGUAGUCUAUACAUACAUGAUCAACAGGAUUAGGCUGUGUCCUUCAUGUGUGUGCCAGUGUGUGUGUGUGUGCCAGUGUGCCAGUGUGUGUGUGUGUGCCAGUGUGCGUGUGUGUACGUACCAGUGUGUGCCCGUGUGUGAGUGAGAAAGCGUGUGUGUGUGUGUGACAGAGAGAGAGAGAGAGAGAGAGAGAGAGCGUUUGCGAGCAAGGGUGCAUUCAUGUGUGUGUGUGACUAACCCUUGUUGGUCUGCUUUGAUUGACAGGUUGUGCGUUUCUCACCUACUGCGCCCGGGAUUCUGCCAUCAAAGCCCAGAAUGCAUUGCAUGAGCAGAAAACCCUACCUGGGGUGAGUACUCCACCGCCUACAUGCUGCCAGAGUUUUGUACAGAAUGAGAGAUGGUGUGAAAGCUUUUCCCCAAUGACAUCUGGGGAAGAGUUGCCAAUUCCUUCAGGAUUGGGGAGAGAGAGAGAGAGAGAGAGAGAGAGAGAGAGAGAGAGAGAGAGAGAGAAGAGAGAGAGAAGAGAGAGAGAGAGAGAGAGAGAGCAGAGAGAUAGAGAGAUAGAAGAGAGAGAGAUCAGACGAGAAAGAAAGAUCUGAAGGGAGAGACAGAGAGAGAGGGAGAGGGAGUGAGAUGAAAAGGAGGGAUAUGGGUGUGCGUGUUGUUUGUGUGUGUGUUGUUCCUGCAUUUUAUGUACAGUGGGGAGAACAAGUAUUUGAUACACUGCCGAUUUUGCAGGUUUUCCUACUUACAAAGCAUGUAGAGGUCUGUAAUUUUUAUCAUAGGUACACUUCAACUGUGAGAGACGGAAUCUAAAACAAAAAUCCAGAAAAUCACAUUGUAUGAUUUUUAAGUAAUUAAUUUGCAUUUUAUUGCAUGACAUAAGUAUUUGAUACAUCAGAAAAGCAGAACUUUAUAUUUGGUACAGAAACCUUUGUUUGCAAUUACAGAGAUCAUACGUUUCCUGUAGGUCUUGACCAGGUUUGCACACACUGCAGCAGGGAUUUUGGCCCACUCCUCCAUACAGACCUUCUCCAGAUCCUUCAGGUUUCGGGGCUGUCGCUGGGCAAUACGGACUUUCAGCUCCCUCCAAAGAUUUUCUAUUGGGUUCAGGUCUGGAGACUGGCUAGGCCACUCCAGGACCUUGAGAUGCUUCUUACGGAGCCACUCCUUAGUUGCCCUGGCUGUGUGUUUCGGGUCGUUGUCAUGCUGGAAGACCCAGCCACGACCCAUCUUCAAUGCUCUUACUGAGGGAAGGAGGUUGUUGGCCAAGAUCUCGCGAUACAUGGCCCCAUCCAUCCUCCCCUCAAUACGGUGCAGUCGUCCUGUCCCCUUUGCAGAAAAGCAUCCCCAAAGAAUGAUGUUUCCACCUCCAUGCUUCACGGUUGGGAUCGUGUUCUUGGGGUUGUACUCAUCGUUCUUCUUCCUCCAAACACGGCGAGUGGAGUUUAGACCAAAAAGCUCUAUUUUUGUCUCAUCAGACCACAUGACCUUCUCCCAUUCCUCCUCUGGAUCAUCCAGAUGGUCAUUGGCAAACUUCAGACAGGCCUGGACAUGCGCUGGCUUGAGCAGGGGGACCUUGCGUGCGCUGCAGGAUUUUAAUCCAUGAAUGCGUAGUGUGUUACUAAUGGUUUUCUUUGAGACUGUGGUCCCAGCUCUCUUCAGGUCAUUGACCAGGUCCUGCCAUGUAGUUCUGGGCUGAUCCCUCACCUUCCUCAUGAUCAUUGAUGCCCCACAAGGUGAGAUCUUGCAUGGAGCCCCAGACCGAGGGUGAUUGACCGUCAUCUUGAACUUCUUCCAUUUUCUAAUAAUUGCGCCAACAGUUGUUGCCUUCUCACCAAGCUGCUUGCCUAUUGUCCUGUAGCCCAUCCCAGCCUUGUGCAGGUCUACAAUUUUAUCCCUGAUGUCCUUACACAGCUCUCUGGUCUUGGCCAUUGUGGAGAGGUUGGAGUCUGUUUGAUUGAGUGUGUGGACAGGUGUCUUUUAUACAGGUACGAGUUCAAACAGGUGCAGUUAAUACAGGUAAUGAGUGGAGAACAGGAGGGCUUCUUAAAGAAAAACUAACAGGUCGGUGAGAGCCGGAAUUCUUACUGUUUGGUAGGUGAUCAAAUACUUAUGUCAUGCAAUAAAAUGCAAAUUAAUUACUUAAAAAUCAUACAAUGUGAUUUUCUGGAUUUUUGUUUUAGAUUCCGUCUCUUACAGUUGAAGUGUACCUAUAAUAAAAAAUUACAGACCUCUACAUGCUUUGUAAGUAGGAAAACCUGCAAAAUCGGCAGUGUGUCAAAUACUUGUUCUCCCCAGUGUAUGUGCCUUGAGUUUUUGUGUGUGUGUUUGUCUGCAUUCGUUGUAGGUCAAUGCCAAGUGGCAGCAGUGUAGAGUGCAGCAUACUGUUACAUAAAAUAAUCUAAUUCUGCUCCUCUUCUUUCCAGCCCACUACCCAGAGAAAGAGAGAGAGUUUGGAGCGAUUUCAGUGCCAACAGAACUUGCAUUAGGAUAUAGAAUUUGAAUUUAAUAUUUUUUAAUUUGUAAUGCACAAAUGUAAUCACUUAAUUCAUAAAUUGAACUUGUAUUUCAUGAUUUCAAACUGAAUUGAAUGAAUAUUACAUUCAGUUUUACAAUGACAUUUCAAUUUAAUUGAAUAUUCAAAGUCAAUAUUUAUAUAUUCAGUUUCAAUAUGGUAGAUAUUUAAUUCAUAUUUGUUUAUCAAGUUUACAAACUAUCAUUUCAAGUUUAUCAAAGUUUUAUAUACAGUGGGGAAAAAAGUAUUUAGUCAGCCACCAAUUGUGCAAGUUCUCCCACUUAAAAAGAUGAGAGAGGCCUGUAAUUUUCAUCAUAGGUACACGUCAACUAUGACAGAAAAAUUGAGAGAAAAAAUCCAGAAAAUCACAUUGUAGGAUUUUUUAUGAAUUUAUUUGCAAAUUAUGGUGGAAAAUAAGUAUUUGGUCACCUACAAACAAGCAAGAUUUAUGGCUCUCACAGACCUGUAACUUCUUCUUUAAAAGGCUCCUCUGUCCUCCACUCGUUACCUGUAUUAAUGGCACCUGUUUGAACUUGUUAUCAGUAUAAAAGACACCUGUCCACAACCUCAAACAGUCACACUCCAAACUCCACUAUGGCCAAGGCCAAAGAGCUGUCAAAGGACAACAGAAACAAAAUUGUAGACCUGCACCAGGCUGGGAAGACUGAAUCUGCAAUAGGUAAGCAGCUUGGUUUGAAGAAAUCAACUGUGGGAGCAAUUAUUAGGAAAUGGAAGACAUACAAGACCACUGAUCAUCUCCCUCGAUCUGGGGCUCCACGCAAGAUCUCACCCCGUGGGGUCAAAAUGAUCACAAGAACGGUGAGCAAAAAUCCCAGAACCACACGGGGGGACCUAGUGAAUGACCUGCAGAGAGCUGGGACCAAAGUAACAAAGCCUACCAUCAGUAACACACUACGCCACCAGGGACUCAAAUCCUGCAGUGCCAGACGUGUCCCCCUGCUUAAGCCAGUACAUGUCCAGGCCCGUCUGAAGUUUGCUAGAGUGCAUUUGGAUGAUCCAGAAGAGGAUUGGGAGAAUGUCAUAUGGUCAGAUGAAGCCAAAAUAUAACUUUUUGGUAAAAACUCAACUCGUCGUGUUUGGAGGACAAAGAAUGCUGAGUUGCAUUCAAAGAACACCAUACCUACUGUGAAGCAUGGGGGUGGAAACAUCAUGCUUUGGGGCUGUUUUUCUGCAAAGGGACCAGGACGACUGAUCCGUGUAAAGGAAAGAAUGAAUGGGGCCAUGUAUCGUGAGAUUUUGAGUGAAAACCUCCUUCCAUCAGAAUGGGCAUUGAAGAUGAAACGGGCCUUUCAGCAUGACAAUGAUCUCAAACACACCGCCCGGGCAACGAAGGAGUGGCUUCGUAAGAAGCAUUUCAAGGUCCUGGAGUGGCCUAGCCAGUCUCCAGAUCUCAACCCCAUAGAAAAUCUUUGGAGGGAGUUGAAAGUCUGUGUUGCCCAGCGACAGCCCCAAAACAUCACUGCUCUAGAGGAGAUCUGCAUGGAGGAAUGGGCCAAAAUACCAGCAACAGUGUGUGAAAACCUUGUGAAGACUUACAGAAAACGUUUGACCUUUGUCAUUGCCAACAAAGGGUAUAUAACAAAGUAUUGAGAAACUUUUGUUAUUGACCAAAUACUUAUUUUCCACCAUAAUUUGCAAAUAAAUUAAUAAAAAAUCCUACAAUGUGAUUUUCUGGAAAAGAAAUCUCAAUUUGUCUGUCAUAGUUGACGUGUACCUAUGAUGAAAAGUACAGGCCUCUCUCAUCUUUUUAAGUGGGAGAACUUGCACCAUUGGUGGCUGACUAAAUACUUUUUUUCCCCACUGUAUAUAAAACUUUGAUAAACUUGAAAUGAUAGUUUGUAAACUUGAUAAACAGACAUGAAUUAAAUAUCUACCAUAUUGAAACUGAAUAUAUAAAUAUUGACUUUGAAUAUUCAAUUAAAUUGAAAUGUCAUUGUAAAACUGAAUGUAAUAUUCAUUCAAUUCAGUUUGAAAUCAUGAAAUACAAGUUCAAUUUAUGAAUUAAGUGAUUACAUUUGUGCAUUACAAUUUAAAAAAUAUUAAAUUCAAAUUCCAAAUCCUAAUGCAAGUUCUGUUGGCACUGAAAUCGCUCCAAACUCAGUGGGAGAACUUGCACAAUUGGUGGCUGACUAAAUACUUUUUUCCCCCACUGUAUUCAACUUCUCAGAUGCAUUCAGAUGAAGUUUUCAAUUUCAGUUCUCUAAAUUCAGAUUCAAAACCAGAGACAACAUCCUGGUACAGUUCCAGCCAGGAAAGGUAGAGGAGAACAGAUAGAGUCAAACUCUCUCUGUGGUAAACAUAAGCUUCUAGCAGUUUCUGAAGCCAAUGUGGCAUGUUGAAUAUAUUUUCUUCCUAUUCAUUUGGCUUUAUCAUUUGAACCAUUUUGGCUAUAAGUUAUUAUUCCUGAAAGCUAAGACUCUCUGGAACAUGGACGUGUCUUCCGUUCCCCUAAUAAAUCACAGCCCGCUAAGGACACGUUAGAUGGGAGUGUCACAAAGAAAACGGAAUUUGGCAUCCAUAAGAAUAUAGUUGAAUAGCGCUGUCAUAGCCCUUCUUAGGAUAGCCUUUCCACUACAUAUUUAAUCUUGCUCUUGUGACUGACUGGGUUUGAACCAGGUCCCCUACAUGUCACAAGACUGUGUUAGCCCACUUAGCUAAAGCAUAGGGAUAAGUUCGACAUGUUGUCACCCCCCAAACUUUCUUCACAGCAACCCCAGAAUUAAGGACUUCUGCCUUAAAAACACACGUGACCACACUCCCGAAGCAUUCCAACCCAUCGUGCUAUUAAAAAAGGACUUCUUCAAUUGUGCAAGGGGCAACACUUCAGGCUGAGGAGUGAGUUUCACAGAUAUCCAUCUGCUACACCAAUAGUUUUCAAGAUACAGCAAGGUUACUCAUCAAAAGAGUGUGGUUUGGUGAUCCAUGCUUAUGUGAUGAGGAACCUGUCUUAGUUUAUGUUAAACAUGUGUUAGUUUCAAGUCUCCGGUGUUGUGAUACUGAUGGCUUCUACGGUUGGGGCUAGAUGGAGUACAGCUCCAUGUAGUUGUCACAUCAGGGACAACUGUAGCAUUUUAGCUAAGCCUAACUCUUUUCCUAACCUUAACAUAAUUCUCCUAACCUGCUAUGUUAUUUAUCCUAACCUGCUGGGUUAGUUCUGCUAACCUGCUGCGUUAGUUCUCCUAACCUGCUACGUAAAGUAACUUCUGUCUGUAGCUGUUCUCCAUCUAGCCACAACUGUAAAAGCCCUUCAGUUCCAAGAAAUUAUAAAGGUAACAUGACUGAUUGAGUUAAGACCAUUCAUUUUUGUUAAAAAAAGUUGUCCUUUAGCAGACACUAUUAUCCAGUGCAACUUACAGGAGCAAUUAGGGUUAAGUGCCUUGCUCAAGGGCACAUCGACAGAUGUUUCAUUUAGUCGUCGAGUCGAACCAGCGACCCUUCAGUUACUGGUCCAACUCUCUUAACCGCUAGGCUACCUUCCACCCCUAUGUUAGCCUGCUGAACUAAAGCCUAGGCAUUGGUCCUCUGACUUGGAUAAAUCUCUUCAAGGAGGUCAAAUGUGGGUAAAGUGUAACACAGGUCGUUUGGUGACCACGCUCGCGUGAUGAGUAUCAUGUCUAGCGCACAGGAGACCUGGGUUAGAACCCCAGUCAGUCAAAUUAACACAUCAUCAGGUCUCAGGCAACAUUGCUCAUCACAUGCAUGGAUCACCAAACCACCUCUGUUGCACUCUAAUUAAAUGGGAAAAUAUAUUCAGCAUGCCACAUUGGAUUCAGAAACCACCAUAAGCUUCUGUUUACCACAGAGAGAGUUUGAUUCUCUCUGUUCUCCUCUACCUUUACUGGCUGGCAAAGUACCAGGAUUUUGUCUCUGGUUUUGAAUUUGAAUUUAGAGAACUGAAUUUGAAAACUGAAUCUGAACGCAUCUGAGAAGUUGAAUAUAUGAAACUUUGAUGAACUUGAAAUUAUAGUUUGUAAACUUGAUACACAGACAAUGAAUGCAUUAUCUACCAUAUUGAAACUGAAUAUACAAAUAUUGAAUUUGGAAUAUAAUUUUAAAACUGAAUGCAAUAUUUAUUCAAUUCAGUUUCAUAUCAUGAAAUACAAGUUUAAUUUAUGAUUUAAGUGAUUAGAAUUGUGCAUUACAGAUUAAAAAAUUUAACAUUCAAAUUCUAUAUCCUAAUACAAAUUCUAAAUUUUGGAAUUCAAAUACAAUUUAUUUUGGCACCGAAAUCGAUCCAUAGUGAGAGAGAGCGAAAGAGAGAGAGAGAGAGAGAGAGAGAGGGAGGGAGAGGGAGGGAAGGAGGGGGAGAAGCAAAGGAAGGAGACAGAGAGACUGCCCCUUGCCCUCGGCCCUCCAUUUCCAUUCACACCCGCCUCUGCCAUUUGCACAAGUGUCCCAAAGCACAGGGAGUGAAAAUUAAUGCGGGUGUAGGGGCUAAUAGCCACUUAGCCACUUUGGGACACUUGUGCAAAUGGCAGAGGUGCUAUCCCGACACGCACUGCGAUAUGUUAGGAGUUUGCACAAUUUGAUACAAAAGAAUGGAGAGGCGUACCUUAUUUUAUUCCACGUGCAUUUAUUUAUGUCUGAUUUCGAGACUUGACACAUGUAACAGAUAAAAUAUCUCCCAAAUUAAAUGUCUAACUGUUACUGAGGUUUAUAUCUUGUAAAACUACAGGGGGAUUUGUUCAAUUGAAUUCCAUGCUUGUUUUAUUAUUUAAAAGUGGAACAUGAAUUGAAUCAUUCAAGUCAGGAGUGUGUCCCGAAGUUGAUGGGUUUGCUGAUCCCAUCGCCCGUCUCUGGAAGUCACCUUCGGAGUUUCGUCAGAAACACUUGACAACGGAGGGCACUCCGAGCGAGUUGGUAGGGGCAAGGGGGUGGUUUGGGAUUCUCCGACUCACUCACUCACUGAGUUUCAGACACAUAGCCUACAUACAAGAUGGGAAGUUCAAAUGGAUUGUAUCAAGUACUACAACAGGGCCAAACCCCCAACGCAGCGUGAAAUGGACAAUAACAGCUUGCUCUUCUCACGCCCACUAACCCAUAUUAAAGCCACUCUCCUCUCCCCCUGUCGCUCUCUCUUUCCCUCCCCCUGUCUCUCGCUCUCUCCCGGUCUCUUCCUCUCUCUUUCUGUCUUACUAUAUCUUUCUCUCUAUCUCUUUCUCUCUCUCACUAUCUCUCUCCCUCCCUCCAAUGGUGUAUCUAGUUAUUUCUCACCCCACUCUUUCUCUCAAAUCCUAGCUCUCUCUGUCGUGUGUGUGUGUGUGUGUGUGUGUGUGUGUGUGUGUGUGUGUGUGUGUGUGUGCACGCGCAGAGGAGGUUUUCACUCGUCUCUAAUUGCCGUUUCCCUUCCUCUCACAUCCCUCUCUUUCUUUCUCAUCCUUCUCUCCUUUUCCUGGAGGAGUGACAGCUUCAUCAGAAAUAAUUGGCUGCUUGCGCUGUGCAGCUGCAUGUCUCUGCAUGUCUCGCCCUCCUCUCUCUCUCUCUCUCUCUCCCUCCCCUCUCUCUCUUAUCCCUCACUUCUGAUCUAUUAUUCAUCUGCGAUGUUGUAAUGCAAAAUUAAUUUGGCUUAAUAAUAGAUUUGGUGGGGUGUAGGUUAGACAGACAGACUGCCAUUAAAACAAGUGUUUAGUGUGACGAUUGAAAGGGCAUGGGAAGUUUUUAUGAAUCGAUUAGUCUUUUAUGGCAUAGAUAAACGAGGGGAGGUAUCAUUUCAAAGAGCCUAUUCAAAACAGCGGAAAGGUUUUGCACAAACACACACACACAGUACACACAGAUUCAUUUUAACAGUGUGCCACCAGAAAUUCUAUGUCUGUGUCUUACCGAAUGCUUGUGUAUUGUUGAUACAAUGUUUACAAUCUAUUAUGGACUGGCUCGUGACAUUUCUGCCUCACAUUGAUGGAUUCACAACCUGAGCCAGGCCACUAGGCUAUAGUAGAGCCCCAUGAGUGGUGCCAUUGUGAUUUACGCUCCCCUUGCAACUUGUGUUCUCAUUAAUGCAGUCCAUGGAAACAGAUUAGACACGACAUAGUGUUGUUCCACAUGGUGAUCCUUACUCUGACGGAAUCAUUAUCAAAAGACACAGGUGAUGACACAUGGAUAUACUGUGUGUGUGUGUGUGUGUGUGUGUGUGUGUGUGUGUGUGUGUGUUAAUGGGUUCUACCUCAGAAUCCCUCUCUGUUACUCUACACUUUUACAGCACAGUAAACUCAUGAUAAGUGCACAACAUUGGAUAUGUACACUACCAGUCAAAGUUUGGACACACCUACUCCUUCAAGGGUUUUUCUUUAUUUUUACUAUUUUUUACAUUGUAGAAUAAUAGUGAAGACACAUAUGGAAUCAUGUAGUAGCCAGAAAAGUGUUAAACAAAUCAAAACAUAUUUUAGAGAGAUUCUUCAAAUAUCCACCCUUUGCACACUCUUGGCAUUCUCUCAACCAGCCUCAUGAGGUAGUCACCUGUAAUGCAUUUCAAUGAACAGGUGUGCCUUGUUAAAAGUUAAUUUGUGGAAUCUAUUUCCUUCUUAAUGCAUUUGAGCCAAUCAGUUGUGUUGUGACAAGGUGGGGGGGUAUACAGAAGAUAGCCCUAUUUGGUAAAAGACCAAGUCCAUAUUAUGGCAAGAACAGCUCAAAUAAGCAAAGAGAAAUGACAGUCCAUCAUUACUUUAAGACAUGAAGAUCAGUCAAUACGAAAAACAUCAAGAACCUUUAAGGUUUCUUCAAGUGCAGUCGCAAAAACAAUCAAGCCAAACUGGCUCUCAUGAGGACCGCCACAGGAAUAGAAGACCCAGAGUUACCUCUGCUGCAGAGGAUAAGUUCAUUAGAAUUACCAGCCUCAGAAAUUGCAGCCCAAAUAAAUGCUUCACAGAGUUCAAGUCACAGACACAGCUCAACAUCAACUGUUCAGAGGGUACUGUGUGAAUCAGGCCUUCAUGGUCGAAUUGCUGCCAAGAAACCCCUACUAAAGGACAGCAAUAAGAAGAAGAGACCUGCUUGGGCAAAGAAACACGAGCAAUGGACAUUAGAUCAGUGGAAAUGUGUCCUUUGGUCUGUAGUCCAAAUUGGAGACUUUCAGUUCAAACCGCCUAUUCUUUGUGAGACGUGGUGUGGGUGAACGGAUGAUCUCUGCAUGUGUAGAUCCCACCGUAAAGCAUGGAUGAGGAGGUGUUAUGGGUGGGGGUGCUUUGCUAGUGACACUGUCGGUUAUUUAUAUAGAAUUCAAGGCACACUUAACCAGCAUGGCUACCACAGCAUUCUGCAGCGAUACGCCAUCCCAUCUGGUUUGGGCUUAGUGGGACUAUAAUUUGUUUUUCAACAGGACAAUGACCCAACACACCUCCAGCCUGUGUAAGAGCUAUUUUAUUAAGAAGGAGAGUGAUGGAGUGCUGCAUCAGAUGGCCUCCACAAUCCCCCGACCUCAACCCAAUUGAGAUGGAUGAGUCGGACCGCAAAGUGAAGGAAAAGCAGCCAACAAGUGCUCAGCAUAUGUGGGAACGCCUUCAAGACUGUUGGGAAAGUAUUCCAGGUGAAGCUGGUUGAGAGAAUGCCAAGAGCAAAGGGUGGCUCUCAAAUAGAAAAUAUAUUUUUUUGGUUACUACAUGAUUCCAUAUGUGUUAUUUCAUAGUUUUGAUGUCUUCACUAUUAGUCUACAAUGUAAAACAUUGUAAAAAAUUAUGAAAAACCCUUGAAUGAGUAGGUGUCCAAACUUUUGACUGAAACUGUAUGUCCAAACUGCAGGGGAGUUCACCAGUCUCAAGUCAAAUACAUUACUCAUGUUUUGCUCCAGAUAUGUUUGUGUGUGUGUGUGUGUGUGUGUGUGUGUGUGUGUGUGUGUGUGUGUGUGUGUGUGUGUGUGUGUGUGUGUGUGUGUGUGAUGUGACAGAGCUGCUCUUCCCUCAGGUUGAUGGCCAUGACCUUCGCUGUCGCUGCUGAGUCUCUCAUUAUCUCACAUGUUUGGCCCUCUUCUCUGUUUCUCUCAUCUCUCUAACUCUUUCUCUCUCACUCCCCUCUCUUUCUCAUCCCUCUCUCUUUCUCAUCAUUUUUUCUCUCUUUGACUGUGUCCAACUACAGUAUAUUGCCUGUCUACACUGCCUGUCUAUAUUGGUUUUAAUUGCUACAGUGCUUUCCGAGAUGUAAAACGUUAUUAAUAUAGGCCAGGUUUUCCAAUAGAGAGAGAAUUCUUCUUGCUUUCCAAGAACACAUGAAGACGUCGUAGUUGUACACACUUACACACAGGCAUGUUUACUCUUCCUCAGAGAGCUUGUGUAUUAAUGUACUCUAUUUCUUUCUGUGAGAGCGUUUUAUCUCACUAGGAGAACGCUCCCCGAAGUCCGGCAGCAGCAACAGACCCUUCCCUGGAAGAAUCAGCAGUCAUCUAUUAUUUAACAAAGUUAAAUCAGAAAUAUUAGGACCCCAAAGGGCUGCAGAUCAGCCUCACAACAACUGUGUUUGCAAUAGACUGCUCCCAGUUAAACACACUGCUAAUACAUGCAGCCUGGGAUGCAGAGCAGACAAACAACUCAGGGAGAGCUAUGUGUACAGGGAUAUAUCAUCAAAGACACAAACAGGCAAAGUUACUGGAAAUAUUUUGAAUUCCACAUUUCUUUAUUUGCAUGGUUUCCCAUUUGUUUUAGUUAGCAACAGCUACUCUUUUUGGGAGUCAACACACAGAAGACAAUACAAAGUGUGUGUGUGUGUGUGUGUGUGCGUUCAUGUGUGUGUUUGUGUGUAUGUUCAUGUGUGUAUCGUAACCUGAGGCUAGUUGGUAUCUAAGGGCUGUGCUGUGUGUCUUUAUAGUGUAAUGUGUGUGAUGUGUGUGUGUGUCUACCUGUCGAGGCUGCUGAGGGGAGGAUGGCUCAUAAUAAUGGCUGGAAAGGAGUAAAUGGAAUGUGUUUGAUGUAUUUGAUAUCAUUCCACCUAUUCCACUCCAGCCAUUACCAUGAGCCCGUCCUCCCCAAUUAAGGUGCUGUUUCCAUUUGUAGGGCCCUAUAAAAUCCACGUUGCGGAGAACGCGGCCGGAAUCAAUGAAUCCAGACAUUAAAACAGAAUUCAAUUUUUUAAUUUUUUUAUUGAACUUAGUAGGAAAUCAACUAAAAGUAUUGAACUUAUUAGAAAAUGCAUUAAUUUGCCCAAAAUUAUCAUAAGACAUGAACAAAAUGCAUUAGUGAUUCGUAUUUACCUUCAACUUUCUGAAGAGAUAAUGGUACAGGAAUGCCCCUAUCUGUGUGUGCGAGUUUGUCUAUCACUUUGUGUAGCCGUUAGCGAUUAUGCUCUUGUAAUGACAACCGUCUUCUGGUAGAUGGAAAGGCUUUCCCUAACACCUGCUCAAUUAAAUGUUACACAAAGUAGCCUAUGCCUACCUGGCAAAAUGAUAUCAUGAUUAUUUGCAUCAAUCCAGUGGCCAUUUGUUUUGCAAACUCUGCAAUCACAUGAGCAGUACAGAAACAUUACUAACCAAACAAUGGUCUCUGGCUGGCAAAAAUCGAAAUUUUUGCCAGGACUAGAAAGUGAUCUCCUGAUGUGGUUUUAGCAUUGUUGUGGACUUAGAACAUCCAAUUGUGUUGUUUUUCUAUUAAUAAAGUGUGAUUUUGAGGGCAAAAAAACCCUGGAAAAUGGGAAAAACUGAAACCUGGAAAAACAAAGUGGAGAAAACGAAUUUGGGGGGAAAGUUUUAAGGAACCUGGCAAAAAAUUUAACCGACUAUAUAAGGCCCUACUUUUGCCUCGGUUCAGAGCUUUCUCUGCAUAUCACGGCUUGGCAUGUUCUUAUGGCAGCGAUGCCUGACUGGAGAAUCUCUUGUGACAGCCGUGUCAUUCUUAUGCCAACACACACACAGACAUGCGCACAAGUGCUUUUUCAUGCACACACAAGCUCUCGCCCACACACAGACACAGACACACACACACACUCUCUCUCUCGGUCAGCAGACAGGGUUCUCUCCUCACACAACCAGCUCUUUCAGAAACCUGACAGUUUUCUGUAUGAGUAUGUACAACACACCUAACCCUACUUGACUCCCUGUGACUAUAACUAGGAAGAGGAACAUGGUUGUGUGUGAUUUAACAGUGUGAAAGAACAAACACCACAUGUUCUACAGGGAAACCUUCAUUGCCUGGGGUCCUCCUACAUUUUACUACGUCAACAUUUUCUCCAUGCUCAGUUCCAUAUGUAUGAAUCUGAGAUACGUUAGGUGGAGAGGUUUAUAUUGGGGUAAUGGUUGGUCCCUAUCAAUCUAGUGGAGGAAUGGAGAGAAAAAUACAGAAAGGAUGAUAAAAAAUUAUGAUUGAUGAGAUUAACCACCUCUUUCUUUCUUUCUUUCUCUCUUUCUUUCUUUCUUUCUUUCUUUCUUUCUUUCUUUCUUUCUUUCUUUCUUUCUUUCUUUCUGUCUGUCUGUCUGUCUGUCUGUCUGUCUGUCUGUCUGUCUGUCUGUCUGUCUGUCUGUCUGUCUGUCUGUCUGUCUGUCUGUCUGUCUGUCUGUCUGUCUGUUUUUCUUCUUUCUUUCUUUCUUUCUUUCUUUCUUUCUUUCUUUCUUUCUUUCUGUCUGUCUGUCUGUCUGUCUGUAUGUCUGCUGUCUGUGUAUGUCUGUUUUUCUUUCUUCUUUCUUUCUUUCUUUCUUUCUUUCUUUCUUUCUUUCUUUCUUUCUUUAUUUAUGUCUGUCUGUGUCUGUCUGUUCUGUCUGUCUGUUGCUGUAUGUCUGUCUGGUUGUCUGUCGUCUGUCUGUCUGUUGUCUGUCUGUUUUUUUUUUCUUCUUUCUUUCUUCUAUUUCUUUCUUUCUUUCUUUCUUUUUUUCUUUCUUUCUGGUCUGUCUGUCUGUCUGUCUGUCUGUCGUCUGUCUGUCUGUAUGUCUGUCUGUCUGUCUGUCUGUCUGUCUGUCUGUCUGUCUGUAUUUUCUUUCUUUCUUUCUUUCUUUCUUUCUUCUUGUCUGUAUGUCUGUCUGUCUGUUGUCUGUCCCGCUGUUUUUCUUUUCUUUUCUUUUCCUUUUUUUUUUCUUUCUUUUUUUUUUCUUUCUUUUCCCUUUUUUUUUCUUUUUUUCUUUCUUUCUUUCUUUCUCCUCUCACCCUGCUCUCUCUCUCUCUCUGCAGAUGACUCGUCCCAUCCAAGUGAAACCAGCUGA